CAAAAUACCCAGGGAUUGAUUCGCUCCUUCCCUCGUGUUUGACUGUUUGUAGGCAGAGCUACUGCAUUCCCAUUCUGAACUCAGCUCCCUACCCUCUGCCUUUAAUCAAAUUAUCCAAACUUCCCCAACUUCUUGUUUCUUUGAUGCGCCUUUUUUCGAACAAACCCUUUUAUGGUGUUCCCAUCAACGCUCUACGAUCUGCUUUCUUUAAUAACAGAAACUAUACACCAUCCAACAAGAAUCACAAUCCCAAUUUCAAACUUGUUACACAGUCAUCAAUGACGACAACCCUAAACCCCAACGAUGAAGGCGUGGCCAAGCGUUUCUGGGUUAGGUUUAAUAAAGAAUCGAUUCUUUCUCUCUACACUCCUUUUGUAGUUUCGCUAGCCUCUGGUAAUCUCAAGCUUGAUACUUUUCGCCAUUACAUCGCUCAAGAUGUUCAUUUUCUUAAAUGCUUUGCCCAAGCAUAUGAAUUAGCCGAGGAGUAUGCAGAUGAUGAUGAUGCUAAAGUUUCUAUCAGUGAGCUGAGACAGAGUGUUCUUGAAGAGCUUGAAAUGCAUGGUUCUUUUUGCCAAGAAUGGGGUUUUGAUGUGUCUAAAGAAACAAUGCCAAACUCUGCAACACUGAAGUACACUGAGUUCUUGUUGGCAACAGCCUCUGGGAAGAUUGAAGGCAUAAAUUGUCAUGCAAAUCUCACCACCCCUUUUGAAAAAACAAAAGUUGCUGCAUACACCAUAAGUGCAAUGGUCCCUUGCAUGAGGCUUUAUGCUUUUCUUGGAAAGGAACUUCAGUUUCUGGUUGAUAAUAUAAAUGGCAAUCACCACCCAUACAAGAAGUGGAUCCAUAAUUAUUCAUCUGAAGCUUUUCAGGCAGCAGCUUGCCAGACUGAGGAGUUGCUGGACAAGUUAAGUGUUUGUUUGACUGGUGAAGAGCUUGAUAUCAUGCAAAAACUUUAUCAUCAAGCAAUGAAACUUGAGAUGGAGUUCUUUUUGGCCCAACCUCUUGAUCAGCAAACUGUAGUUCCGUUAUUACAGGGGCAUAAUCGUAAAUAUCAUCGUGUUACGGUUUUCUCUGAUUUUGAUCUGACAUGCACUGUAGUUGAUUCAUGUGCUAUUUUGGCUGAGAUUGCUAUGGAUACAGCACCAAAGUCGGAUCAAACCCAACGAGAAAGUGAAAAUGAAAUUACCAGGAUGCCCUUAGCUGAAUUGAGAAAAACAUGGGAAAGAUUAUCGAGGGAGUACAUGGAAGAAUAUGAACAGUGCAAGGAAAGUAUGUUGGUUGAUCAAAAAGUGGGAGAUUUUGACUAUGAGGGGCUAAAGAAGGCACUCAUACAACUAUCGGAUUUUGAGAGAAGGGCAAAUACAAGAGUGACUGAAUCUGAAGUACUCAAGGGUUUGAAUCUUGAAGAUAUUAAACAUGCUGGUGAAUGUCUUAUACUCCAAGAUGAUUGCAUGGAUUUCUUUCAAAACAUCACAAAGAAGGAAAAUUUAAACGUGGAUGCUCAUAUCCUGUCCUUUUGCUGGUGUGGCGAUCUUAUUAGAUCUGCUUUCUCAUCAAAGGGUAUCAACAAUCUGCAACUACAUGCAAAUGAGUUCAUCUACAAUGGCCUUUUCUCCACUGGUGAAAUCAUGAAAAACAUGGAGUCCCCUAUUGACAAGCUUCAAGCUUUUUCCAACAUUCUGAAAGAACAUGACCAAUGUGACAAAAAGAACCUAAGCAUCUACAUUGGAGACUCGGUUGGUGACUUACUUUGCUUGCUAGAAGCAGACAUAGGCAUUGUCAUCGGGUCAAAUUCGUCUCUUAGAAAAAUUGGGAGUCAUUUUGGUGUUUCUUUUGUGCCUUUGUUCUCUGGUUUAGUCAUGAAGCAGAGAGAGGUUGUUGAGGGGAGGUUUUUCAGUUGGAAGGGGGUAUCAGGUGUUGUGUAUACAGUGUCUAGUUGGGCUGAAAUACAUUCUUUCAUUGUUGGUUCUUGAAAUUCUACUUUAACUUUGGUAGUUUUGGAUUAAUGUAACAAAGAUGUAAUUUCUUUUCUUGCAAUAUGAAUAUGUGGAUUUAAAUGGAAUGGAAGAUGUGACCUAUCAAAUAUUUAAAAUUUGGAUUGAAUCUAC